UUACAUCUUCUAGCAAAUGGCUUCUCUUUUCUUAACAAUUAUUUCACUUCUCUUUGCAGCUUUCUCUUCUUCUGUUGUAGAGGCUGCUUACAGUAAUGGUUAUACCAUUCCCAAACUAUUACCAAACCCUAUCGAUUCUUGCUGGCGAAGAAACCCUUAUUGGGCGUCUAACCGUCGUGCACUAGCCGAUUGCGCGGUAGGGUUUGGAAAAUCUGCGGUUGGGGGGAAAUACGGGUCGAUCUACGUGGUUACAAACCCAUCAGACGACCCUGAAAACCCUAGACCCGGAACACUGAGAUACGCAGUGAUCCAAUCUAAACCAUUAUGGAUCACAUUUGCACGUGACAUGGUCAUAGUGUUGCGUAACGAGCUCAUCAUGAACAGCUACAAGACGAUUGAUGGAAGAGGGGCUAAAGUGGAAAUUGCCUAUGGACCAUGCAUAACGAUCCAACAUGUGAGCCAUGUCAUUAUACAUGGGAUAAGUAUCCAUGAUUGUAAACCGGGUAAGUCGGGGCGGGUACGGAGCAGCCCGACCCAUGUUGGUAGCCGGAAAGGAUCGGACGGUGAUGCAAUAGCCAUUUUUGAUUCGUCACAUAUUUGGAUUGAUCAUUGUUUCUUUUCUCGGUGUCAAGAUGGUUUGAUCGAUGUACUUCAUGCUUCUACGGCUGUCACUAUUUCUAAUAACUACUUCACGCAGCAUGAUAAAGUGAUGUUACUCGGACAUAAUGACAAUAAUGUGGAAGAUAAGAUCAUGAGAGUUACAAUUGCGUUCAACCAUUUCGGACCGGGUCUUAUUGAGAGAAUGCCUAGAGUGCGAAGAGGAUAUGCGCAUGUAGCAAACAAUAGGUACGAGAAAUGGCAAAUGUAUGCGAUCGGAGGAAGUGCUGAUCCAACCAUUUUUAGUGAAGGCAACUACUUCGUUGCUUCUGAUGACCCUAGCAAAAAACAGGUGACAAAAAGAAUAGAUAGUGGAUAUGAUUGGAAGAGAUGGAAAUGGAGAACGUCCAAAGACGUUUUUAAGAACGGAGCUUACUUCGUGCCUUCUGGCUACGGAACCGUCACGCCGUUGUACGGAAGAGCAGAGCGGUUUCCGGUGUCUCACGGCUCUCUCGUCCCUUUGCUUACUUCAUCCGCCGGUCCUCUCCAUUGCUAUUCCGGCAGAAUUUGCUAACUAAUUAAUUAUUAUUCACGUAUAUAUACAUAUGUGAUUAUAUAUAAUGUUUCAUAAAAUGUAACGUUUUGAUAAUUUUGUUUCUUUCCUUGGAAACGACGAGGCGGAAUUCCUGUUCCUGAGGUGUGUUUUGU